GAUCAUCUCCUCGCGCUCAUGCGGCUCGAUCCAUUGGUCGAACUUACGGGACCAUCCACAUCGAAGAAAGAGAGCAACAAGAAAAGAAAACAGCGAGCAGCAGGGAAGGAAGAGGAGGAGGAAGAAGAGGACGAGGAGGAGGAGGAGGAGGAGGAGAAGGAGGAAGAGGAAGAAGAGAAGGAGAAGGAAGAGGAGGAUGAGGAUGAGGAAGAAGAGGAGAAGAAGAAAGAGGAGAAGAAAGAGGGGGAGAAGGAAAAGAAGGAGGAACAACAGCAAUUGCGGUCAUUGUCGUUGUUACCAUCGAUUUCAUUUGUUGAGUACGUGCCGUUCAUUCGCGCCGCGUGUCGUUUCUACACGUCGUCCAAGUUGUUCCGCAGGUCCAAUCGCGAUUGCAACGUUGACAACGGUGGCGUAUCUGCCACGCAACGCCAUGUGGACGAGACCCAACACCGCAAGCAUGAGUCCGAUAGGGAAAUCGGAACUGCCACUGCCUUUCAUGUCUCUCGCGAUUUCGCUUUACACGAAGUGGUGCGUGCCCGUAUGCACAACCGUUACGGAAAUUACGGGGAUGAUGAUGACGCAGCCAUCGUCGGCGUGUCAUGUGCGCGAACGCACGCUCUUUACAUCGGUCGUUCGUUGCGACGACAACAAAUCCCGCGUUUUGCACGAAGAACAAGAAAAAGGGCACGGACAAGACGAGGGAACGGAACGAUCUCUGAGGAAGAAUCCGACGUGGCUGCCUCGGCCGUUUCUUUCGUCGACGUGCUUGCUUACACUGCCUAUAGCAAUGACAGAAAUGACGAUGUUAACGACAAAAAACGAGCAUGUUGCGGACGAAAUAAGAUUUAUAGUGAGUUCGAAGAAACUCGUGACGAGCACAAGAAAAACGGCAGCGACGUGUGUGCUAGUGUUUCGAAUAAUCUGUGCGACGAUUACGAACAUGAAAAUGCGAACGAAAAUGAGAACAUACCUUAUCAGGAUUAUAUAUAUACUGAAGUUGAUGCAAUUAGUCAUUGUGUACUUGAAGAUGAUCAGUGGAUAUCGCCGUCCUCAUCAUUUGAUAGGAGAAAAUUGCAAAUACGUCGUUAUUGCGAAUACGAACGCAUUGAUGGUUAUAAUUGUGAGAAUUCAACAACGGAAACUUAUGAGAAACUUAUUGGGCAAGAGCACAGAAAAGAAGGAAAAUGUAGUGGAAGGAAAUGUAACGAUAACACUGCCUGGUUCCAAAAGCCAAUUACUAGGAGGAAAAGAGAAAAUGAAAGAGAAGGAGGAGAGCACGAGAGUAUUGUUCUUGACAGGUCACGUAUACGCAAGAGAUAUUAUAAGCUGCUGUUGUUUAUGUUAUAUCUUCUGGCCUGGCCCUUACUGUGUUCCACCAGCCCGUCAGGUCAUCUUGCCUCGACCUUCGCGCAGAACCCGACUCUCGCGCACGCAAAGAAUCCCGCGCAGCGGGGAAACGUUACGCUGCCGGACACGCCACUGUUUUCAUCAUCGACGGUCAUUGUGCACCAAUAUCAACAACCGCAACAAUAUGUUCAGGAUAGCGAUCACAAUAUCGACGAUGGCAAACAUCAUCAGCGUCAUCAUCAACAAGAGCAGAAACAACAGCAACAAUGGCAACAGCAAGAGCAAAAGCAACAAUUACAACAGCAGCAGCAGCAAGAGGAGAUGGAAAAAUGGGAGCAACAAUUGGAACAAGAGGGGGAAAGGCAGCACCCCUACGACGAAUACACGUGGGAGGUGAACCAAAUGAAUCCUUGGCUGUCGGCUUGCGAUCUGGCAGGACCAACGCCGGCCGAUCUUCAGGGUAGCUGCGGUUUGGCACCAGAGGUGCCAAAGUACUGCCCAGUGCCGUGUGACGACGUUGUGGUGACGUUACGCUCUCAACGUGAUCUUUUUCGCGAGGUGAUCGAACGAGCCGGGAUUAGUAGCGUAAAUACGACGACGACGAUGAUGACGACGGGGACGAAGACGAGGAUGGAAGUCGAGGACGGCGACGGGAGCGACGAUCAACGUAGAAGAACAUACCGCACCAAACAGAAGAAAGAGGGGAAGGAGAGUGUACGAACGGCCCCAGAACAGUGCCUUUUUUAUCUCGAGAAAUCGCACAAGGAGGAUAUUUGUCGGGACGAUUUCGGCCGGGCCAGUAUGCGAAGUUUUUUAACUCCGAGAGAGAAUCGAUAUUGGUUCAUGAGCGGGUUGCGUCUGCGGCACUGCUGUGAGCACACGGUGGUCAACGCCCUGGCGCCCGGCAAGGGCGGCCCGCUUGAAAAUGUGCUAAACGGUGGCCAGAAAUGCGCCGAUGCCCUGGACAAGUUGUUGUACGUCGAUGCUCUGGCCGCAAGGUUGCAUUGCGAGUUCGAGGAAGUAUUGGCGCGUUACGAUUGUGCUCAGCCGUACUCCGUCAUCCAUAAUUGCACCCAUUGCAAGGAGGCGUACAGAAAAUGGGUGUGCAGCUCCCUGGUGCCUUACUUUGCUCACAGGGGACCGAUAAACACGGAAACCUCGGAAGGUAACGGGACCGGUACCAGAUUAAGAUCUUGCCGAGCCUUCUGCCAGUCCGUGGAGCAACGUUGCCCCUACUUACUUCCAGGUGAUCGUGCCCCCGCGUAUCCCACGCAGUACGCCGGCGAACCCACCUUUCUUUGCGGAGAUCCAAACAUUCCUGAAACCGGCAAGCAGGCCACGAGGGCGUUGCACAACAGAAACAAUGACGAGUGCUGCUUUUACGUAUGUUCCGAGGAUGCGCCAGAAUUGGGUAUCUGCGCCAACUGUGCAGAGCCGUGGAAGCAUGGCAAGAUUCAUGAUCCCCCGUCGGCGCCAAAAUGUGAGAUCAAUCCCUCUCAAUCUAGUUUUACAGGUCAGCAGGGCUCGCAGGCGAGUCAAUUGGAAACAUCGACGCACCGCGGGCUCACCGAUGACGACAAUGAUCAGCGGGACAUCGACACUACUCCUUCUUUGUCCAGCAUCCCGACGUCGUCAAUCAGCGUCGUUAGUCAACAAGAGACAUCGUUCUGUGGCAGCGGCCGCAUCGGCUCGAUAUCGAGCGCAUCUUCGCUCGGCCGCUCUCGUCCACCGAUUGUUCUCCAGCUACUCUGGCUCUGUUUGAUCUUCAUGAUUUUUCUUCCUACGAACGUGCUACGCUGCAAUCUUGCGUCCUGGUAUCCCACCAGGUUGAUUGGUUUUAAUCUGACAAUUUUGGGCGUGCUUAAACCAAAAAGAGUUAUCAGCUAUUUUUGUGUUUUUUUCGAUCCACGAUCAGUCGGAAUCUAUCGACGUGCUGAAUCUAUCGAACGGUAUCUCCUGUUCAUUUUUGGAAUGCCAAGGCGAACAAUAGUAAAGUGCCAUUGUCACGGCUGGUGGUGGUGGAGAUCUUGGAGGAGAUGCAGCAGUCGGCAUUUCCGUUGGAAAGUGCGCCUAAAGGUGGAACACCAUUCUCGAACUUGUUCUCGCGUUCGAUUGCACAUCCUUGAUAAAAGAAUAAUUGUUCCUGAAAACCAUUGGAUGACACUGAUUAACUGCCUGCGGAGGUUUCCCAUGUCGUUGCAUUCAUGUCGUUUCACCAGAAAGCUCCGUUUUCGAUUGAUCGUACUCAUACAUUCGAGAGUAUCAAAAGGAACAACGAAAAGUCUCCAGUUAAAGAAAAGAUGGACGCAUUGGAGAUCAUGCAGGGGAUCAGACGGUAGCCACUUCCGGUAGAAGUUUCUUCGCCGUGAUAAUGUUGCGUCCGUUCAUGACUUGUUUAUGGAAUUCGCGAUAAAGAAUCAGUGCUGGUUGGUAGUGACAUUGAUGGUUAUCGUUAUGUCGAUCAUUACGGAAGUGCGCGAUUCCGAAUGAGUAAGACGACAGUUCAUUUUUUACAGGAAAUACAUGGUGGUUUAUCAUGUGUCGACAAUUGGUAACGUGAAAGAACAGGUUUUGGAAUUCUCAAGACGAACAAUGCGAAUCCAGAUCGACAUCCAGGAAAGAUUCGACGUAGACCAAGCUAAAGCUAGUCUUCUUAAAUGCGCAACACCGUACAGAUUUCUUCUUUUUAUUGGCGGUAUUUGCGAGAAUCUUUCGCAGCGCAAAUACUCGAGAUAUAUGUGACAUUCAAUCGAAACGAGGCUCUCUCGCAAACGAAUAACAUAAUGUUCAUAAAAGAAAGAUAGAUUUAAAGGAUAUUCCUGGAAAAUUGUGGAAUAGAAUAGAAAGAAUGCCGACAGUGCAUGAAGAGAAUAGUAAGGAAAUGAAAUACAAAAAUUCUCAGAAUCAAGCAGAGCACAAAUGUGGGAAGAAUUUUAUCCACAACUUGCUUUUGUAAUCUAGAACACACAGGAGUAAAAGAAAGAAUGAACAAUAUCACUACAGCAGGAACAACAACAGCAACAACAAGAACAACAACAAGAACAACAACAAGAACAACAACAUUAACAACAAGCAAGAACGAACAAAACCGUAAUGUAACGAAGGAACGUCUAGCGUUAAUAAUAAUGAUAAUAAUAUGAUAAUAAUGGAUAAAACAAAA